UCUGGAUUGAUAAAUUUCUAACCAAUCCAUUCAAAAUAAGAAUUGGAAUUCAAAUCUCAACAACAAAACUGGUAAUUUCUUUAAUUCCAGUUGGCUUCUUCUCUCUGCCUCCUCUGUUUUGAGUUCUGACUUACAAGUUUAGUCCAUUCAUUCAUUCAUGACAACAAUCUCCACUGGAUUAUUGUUUGGUUGCUGUUUCUUUUCUUAGCUGUUUCCCAUCUCUUUUCUCUUUUUAUCAUUUUCUCUUGGAUUGUUACAACUAGCUUCAUGUAUCUAUCCAUUUCUUGCAAUCACUUCACUAGCUUUAUCUUCUAACAAGUUUCCCCUGCUUCCACUUUUGUACCCAUCUAGCUUUGCUUCUUAUCCCAGAUUCACCUACACCUCAAAGUGUUCCCUUUCACGUUACACCCUUUGUCCUUCUAUCUGAUUUACCUUGUUUUGGUACCUUGUUUCUGAGAUGAGUAGAGUUUAACUGGUUCUGUGCUGGUUUUGGGUCUUUGGGGGUUGUGAGAAUGGUGUCAAGAUCAUAUUCAAAUCUACUUGAGCUGGCAUCUGGUGAGGCUCCGUCUUUUGGGAACAUGAACAGGCAAAUUCCAAGGAUCAUGACUGUGGCAGGAUUGAUAUCUAAUGUUGAUGAUGACCCUUUGGAGAGUGUGUGCUCAGACCCAUCUUCUUCAUCUGCUCAGAGAGACAGGAUCAUAAUAGUGGCAAAUCAGUUACCUAUAAGGGCUCAAAGGAAGCAAGAUGGUGGUAACAGGAACUGGUUUUUCAGUUGGGAUGAGGAUUCACUUCUCCUCCAACUCAAAGAUGGGUUAGGAGAUGAUGAUAUUGAGGUUAUUUAUGUUGGGUGCCUUAAAGAAGAUGUGCAUCCUAAUGAACAAGAUGAGGUUUCUCAGAUUCUGCUUGAGACUUUUAAAUGUGUUCCUACUUUUCUCCCUGGUGAUCUUUUCACCAGGUACUAUCAUGGCUUCUGCAAGCAACAGUUAUGGCCACUGUUUCAUUACAUGUUACCUCUUUCGCCCGACCUUGGUGGCAGGUUCAACAGGUCACUGUGGCAGGCUUAUGUGUCUGUUAACAAGAUAUUUGCAGAUAGGAUUAUGGAGGUAAUUAACCCUGAAGAUGACUUUGUGUGGAUACAUGAUUAUCAUCUCAUGGUGUUACCAACUUUCUUGAGGAGGAGGUUCAACAGGGUGAAACUUGGAUUCUUUCUCCAUAGCCCCUUUCCUUCAUCAGAAAUAUACAAGACAUUGCCUAUAAGGGAAGAGCUUUUAAGGGCACUUUUGAAUUCUGAUUUGAUUGGCUUCCACACAUUUGAUUAUGCAAGGCAUUUUCUCUCUUGUUGUAGUAGGAUGCUUGGUCUUACCUAUGAAUCCAAAAGGGGUUAUAUUGGGCUUGAGUAUUAUGGUAGAACAGUUAGUAUCAAGAUACUACCUGUUGGAAUUCACAUGGGGCAGCUUCAAUCGGUUCUGGGGUUAACAAAGACUGAAGAAAAGGUUUCUGAGCUCAUUAGACAGUUUACUGAUAGAGGAAGGGUAAUGCUGCUUGGAGUGGAUGACAUGGAUAUCUUCAAGGGAAUAAGUUUGAAGCUAUUGGCCAUGGAGCAGCUUCUCAUUCAGCACCCUGAAUGGCAUGGGAAGGUUGUGCUUGUUCAGAUAGCUAACCCUGCAAGGGGAAAAGGGAAAGAUGUGAAGGAAGUGCAAGAUGAGACAAAUGCAAUGGUGAAAAGGAUCAAUGAAACUUUUGGGAAACCUGGUUAUGAUCCUGUGAUUCUGAUUGAGGAGCCACUAAGUUUCUAUGAGAGAGUUGCUUAUUAUGUUGUUGCUGAGUGUUGUUUAGUGACUGCAGUUAGGGAUGGAAUGAAUCUCAUACCUUAUGAAUAUAUAAUCAGUAGACAAGGAAAUGAGAAAUUAGAUAAAGUUUUGAGCUUGUGUUCCUCAACUAAGAAGAAAAGCAUGUUGGUUGUGUCUGAGUUCAUUGGUUGUUCCCCAUCUUUAAGUGGAGCAAUAAGAGUGAAUCCAUGGAACAUUGAUGCUGUGGCUGAUGCAAUGGACUCAGCUUUGGAAAUGGCUGAUUCAGAGAAACAACUUAGGCAUGAGAAGCAUUACAGAUAUGUUAGUACUCAUGAUGUUGGUUACUGGGCUCGUAGCUUCUUGCAAGAUCUUGAAAGGUCUUGUAGUGAUCACGUGCGGCGAAGGUGGUGGGGAAUUGGGUUUGGAUUGAGUUUUAGAGUUGUGGCACUUGAUCCAAACUUCAGGAAGCUCUCAAUGGAGCAUAUUGUUUCAGCUUACAAGAGGACAACGACUAGAGCGAUCCUUUUGGACUAUGAUGGUACACUGAUGCCUCAGGCUUCAAUUGAUAAGAGCCCAACCAGUGAUUCAAUUAAAAUGCUUAAUAGUUUGUGUAGAGAUAAGAACAACAUGGUGUUUAUUGUGAGUGCUAAAAGCAGAAUUACUCUAGUUGAAUGGUUUUCUCCUUGUGAGAAUCUGGGAAUUGCUGCUGAGCAUGGUUACUUUUUGAGACUGAGGCGGGAUGCAGAAUGGGAAACUUGUGGACCUCCAACAGAUUGCAGCUGGAAACAAAUUGCUGAGCCUGUAAUGAAACUUUAUACUGAAACAACUGAUGGAUCCACCAUUGAAGAUAAGGAGACAGCAUUGGUUUGGUGCUAUGAGGAUGCAGAUCCAGAUUUUGGAUCAUGUCAAGCUAAAGAGCUUCUUAAUCAUCUUGAAAGUGUGCUUGCAAAUGAACCAGUAACAGUCAAGAGCGGCCAUAACACUUUGGAGGUUAAACCGCAGGGUGUAAACAAGGGGCUUGUGGCGAAACGCCUACUUUCCAUCAUGCAAGAAAAGGGUAUGUCUCCUGAUUUUGUUUUGUGCAUAGGGGACGACCGUUCUGAUGAAGACAUGUUUGAGGUAAUCACAAGUUCCAUGGCUGGUCCUUCCAUAGCACCAAGGGCUGAAGUAUUUGCAUGCACUGUUGGUAGAAAGCCUAGUAAGGCUAAGUACUAUCUGGAUGAUAACACUGAUAUAGUGAGAAUGGUGCAAGGUUUAGCCUGUGUUUCAGAGCAAGCAGUUUUAUUUUAGGCAUGGAAAAGAUAAUGGUUGGUGGUGAAAAGAUGUUUACUUUCUUUGUCACAAUGUAGGCUCCUCGUGCUCCCAUACAUAAUCUUUGUUUUUUCCAUGUGAAUUAUUAUAUACUACAUAGUUGUUACUGAGAUGUGUAUUGAUUCAACUUCUCAAAUGUUUGGCUUCUAUCAGGAAAAUUUGUAAAUAUAUUAGUUUUUUAUUGUGAACCCUGCUUUGCUUACCUUUAAUGCCAGAUGAUACUGGUUGUUUUGGACUAAA